CUCCCUCUCCGUGGAGGAACUGAAGAAGGAAAGGAAAAAAAAACCCAAAAAAAAAACUUCGAUUUUCCAUAUUUAGAGAGUUUAGAAACCCUAGUGUUUCUUGUGUUCUUGUUUGUUCUUCCUCGCUUCUUCGAUCGCCCAUCCGUAAACUGCCUCCGAUUUUCAGUCUUCUAUCUGUUUUAAUUCCGUUUCCGCCGAUAUUUUUUUUGCCCCGAGACGGCGAUGGCGGCUGCAGUUCAGGCAUCGGUGACGGCCGCACAAGUUCAGCCGGCGGCGAUUCCUCCUCCAGUGGGCUCUGCGGCCACUGGAGCCGGGUUUUUGAGUUCGUCAUUGUACGUGGGCGAUCUGGACCAGAGUGUGAACGAGGGACAGCUUUUGGAAGUGUUCGGCCAAGUCGCUCAGGUUGUCUCCAUUAGGGUUUGCAGGGAUCAGACGCGCAGGCAAUCGCUUGGAUAUGCUUAUGUUAAUUUCAGCAAUCAUCAGGAUGCUUCCAACGCCAUGGAACUUUUGAAUUUCACCCCUGUUAAUGGGAAGCCUAUCAGGAUUAUGAUUUCUAAUCGAGAUCCAAGCAUUCGGAAAAGUGGACAUGCAAAUGUUUUUAUAAAAAAUCUGGACAUAUCAAUUGAUAACAAGGCAUUACACGAUACAUUUGCUGCCUUUGGUACUGUUCUUUCUUGUAAAGUUGCUGUUGACAGCAAUGGUCAAUCAAAAGGUUAUGGAUUUGUACAGUUUGAAAGUGAGGAAGCUGCAGAAAGUGCUAUUAUAAGAUUGAAUGGCAUGCUGAUCAAUGAUAAGCAAGUUUAUGUUGGACAUUUUAUUCGACACCAGGAAAGAAUUCGAGCAAAUGGAUCGAUGUUUACUAAUGUUUACGUGAAGAAUUUACCAGAAACUACAACAGACGAUGACCUAAAAGAUAUUUUUGCUGCACAUGGUUCCAUUACUAGUGCAGUUGUCAUGAGAGAUUCAAAUGGGAAGUCCAGAUGUUUUGGUUUUGUGAACUUCCAGACCUCAGAUGCUGCUGCUGUAGCAGUUGAAAAGUUGAAUGGUACUAUCCUUGGUGAUGACAAGGUUCUGUAUGUAGGCAGGGCUCAAAGGAAAUCAGAAAGAGAGGCUGAGUUGAAAGCAAAAUAUGAGCAGGAAAGACUGAGUAGAUUUGAAAAAUUACAAGGUGCUAAUUUGUACAUCAAAAAUAUUGAUGACCAUGUCGAUGAUGAAAAGCUUAAAGAGUUAUUCUCUGAGUUUGGAACAAUCACAUCAUGCAAGGUUAUGCUUGACCAACAUGGGCUGAGCAAGGGGUCUGGUUUUGUAGCCUUUUCUUCAUCUGAGGAAGCGACAAAAGCUUUAAAUGAAAUGAAUGGAAAGAUGAUUGGAAGGAAACCUCUGUAUGUAGCUGUUGCUCAGCGCAAAGAAGAGAGAAAGGCUCGGCUGCAGGCUCAAUUUGCGCAAAUCCGAGCAGCUGGUGGAAUGUCAUCUUUGCCUUCAGGAAUUCCAGGAUUUCAUCCAGGGGCACCAAGACUUGCUCCUCAGCAGAUGUAUUAUGGUCAGGGUAACGGGCUGGUUCCCCCACAGCCUGCUGGAUAUGGCUUCCAGCCUCAACUCAUGACCGGGAUGCGACCUGGUAUGGCCCCCAACUACAUGGUGCCUUAUCAGUUUCAGAGGCAAGGACAACCAGGGCGUGGCCCCGGAAUGAGGCGAGGCGGAAAUUCGCAACCGGUUCAGCAGCAGCAGAUGGUGCUCCGUGGCUCUGGACAAGGUUUUAGAUACAUGAACAAUGCACGAAAUGGUUUGGAAUCGCCCGUCCUGCCCCAAGGUCUUGUUGGCCCUCCAAUGAUGCCUCUGGCUUUUGAGAGUUCGGGAGUGACUAGCUCCCCCAUCGACAUCCAGCGAUCAAGGACUGUGCCUACUUCAACACUUGCUUCUGCAUUAGCUUCCGCUACGCCCGAAAAUCAGCGUGUGAUGCUCGGCGAGCAGCUGUAUCCACUCGUGGAUCGCCUCGAGCCAGGUCAUGCAGCAAAGGUUACUGGAAUGCUGCUGGAGAUGGACCAACCAGAGGUGCUCCAUCUCAUCGAGUCACCGGAUGACUUGAAGAAUAAGGUGGCCGAGGCUAUGGAAGUCCUCCGCAAAGCUACAUCAGAACCCGAGCUUACUGAUCAGCUCACUUCACUGGCCCUGAACAAAUGAACAGAGAUUGAAACAAAUGAGCACAGGUUCCCUGACCUUCAAUUUUCCUUAGACCAUUCUUUAUGCCGCAUGGUGAACAUAAUUUCUGGUUGGGUUUUAUCUUUUUUUCUCCUCUUUUAGCUUUCCUCCUUAAAUUAACUCUCUAGGAUACUAUUUAAUUUUGCGAGGUUUUGUUUUGACCGGCUGCAUUCAUUUAUUUUAUUCUACAUUUGGAUGUUUUAGAAUUUUGGUACUCUGGAGUUCUGUUUUGACAAUUAUCUAGUUUAUUGGGAUUUAGGACUAUGGUUUCAUCUUUUUGUUA